GGUGGACGAUCUCUUAGGGACCCUGACGAACGAUAGCUUAGGUAUCCAGCUGGUGUAAGAUCUCUUAGGGACCCUGGCAGACGAUCUGUUGAGACCCCGGACUUGCGGACUUUCUACAUUGUGAUAUGCCCCAGAAGUCAUUUACUGGGGGAAAGUUUUUACUUGUUUUCCAAAAGCAGACGACAUUGUAUCUCACAAACAUUGGUUGUGUGCACUAACUUGGAACUCGGGAAGGAAAAUUUACAAUUUGGAGACAAGACCCUAAGGAUACUCCACAACUAGGUUUCAUCUUAACAACACAGGAUGUCAAGCGAGGUCACAAUGGAUGGAGAUGCCAAUGUUUCAGAGGAGAAAGUUAAUAGUAAUACAGAAGUUGUGAUAGUGCCUGAUGAACAACUCAUAGACAAAAAACAACAAAAUGGUGAUACAAAACAACAAAAUAGCGAUACAAAACAACAAAAUGGAGAUUCUAAACAACAAAAUGGCGACAACUCCAGUUCCGGCGAGGAGAAAGAAGACGAGAAGGAAAAAGAAACACCAACCGUUGGAGCUUUUGAAAUUUUUAAAUUUUCCGACAAGUGGGAUAAGCUGAUGAUGAUAUUAGGCGUUAUUGGUGCCACGGCGCACGGUCUCGCCCUACCUUGUCUUAUCAUCAUAUUCGGAGAGAUGACGGACUCUUUCGUGGACUCGGGAAAAUACGCAAACAUCCUGACGGAAAUAUCAGCUUUUCUCGCUAGUAUUGGGAUCACUCGUGACCAGGCACUUAAAGCGCCUACCCUUCUGCUACCUUACUUGACAGAUAUACAGGCAAACUACUCUACAGUCGAUACUACUGUAAUUCAGAAACAGGCGACCAACGACUUCCUUAAAGAUAUGGAAACUUUUGCAAUUUAUUACAUCGGCAUUGCUGGUGGUGUUUUGUUGUGUGGGUACUUUCAAGUCGCCUUCUGGAUACUUGCAUCCGAAAGACAGAUACACAGAAUAAGGAAACUGUUUUUCCGGAACAUCAUGCGACAGGACAUCGGAUGGUUUGACACCCACGAGACAGGGGAACUCAACACCAGGCUAACUGACGAUAUAAACCAGAUACACGAAGGCAUAGGUGACAAAGUGAGUACAUUCAUCCAGUGGUUCUCGUCGGCCAUUUCCAGCUUCAUCAUCGGUUUCAUAUAUGGGUGGCAACUCACACUCGUCAUGUUGUCAGUGGCGCCACUUCUUGCUUUGGCAGCGGGAGUUAUGUCCAAGAUAAUGGCGUCCAUGUCGACAAAAGAGUUGACUGCGUAUGCUAAGGCUGGUGCAGUAGCUGAGGAGGUCCUCAGCUCCAUCAGGACCGUGGUGGCAUUCGGGGGUGAACGAAAAGAGUGUAAAAGGUACAAUGAACACUUAAGUGAAGCACGUGACAUAGGUGUGACCAAAUCUCUUGGUAACGGCUUGUCCUUUGGGGUGACAUACAUGUUGAUAUUCCUUACCGAUUGUCUCGGGUUCUGGUAUGGUGCGAAGCUGACCCGAGAUCAGCCAGAUCUUUACACCCCUGGAAAAAUACUCAUUGUAUUUUUCAGCAUCGUUAUAGGUGCUUUUGCUCUCGGUAACGCCAUGCCUAACCUACAAGCAAUAUCCACUGCCAGAGGUGCGGCAUAUAUGAUAUACAAUCUCAUUGCCCUUGAGCCCGCUAUAGACAGUAGUUCAGAAGAAGGAAAGAAGCCGGGAAGUAUCGAAGGUACGAUAAAAUUCCAGAAGGUAAAGUUCCGGUAUCCAGCGCGUGAAGAGGUAGUUGUUCUCGAUGGCAUUGACCUUGACGUUGGCAAAGGUCAAACUGUUGCCUUGGUUGGAUCUAGUGGCUGCGGAAAGAGUACUGUCGUACAGUUACUUCAAAGAUUCUACGAUCCACAGGAGGGACAGAUCAUGAUAGAUGACGUCGAUAUUAAGGAACUGAAUUUAAAAUGGCUCCGACAACAUAUUGGAAUCGUAAGCCAGGAACCGAUACUUUUCGCUACCACCAUAGCGGAAAAUAUUCGAUACGGACGGGAAGGCGUUACCGAUCGCGAGAUCGAGGAUGCAGCCAAAAUGGCUAACGCUCACAAUUUCAUCAUGGAUCUUCCAGAAAAAUACAGUACAUUGGUUGGGGAGCGAGGAGCACAGCUAAGCGGAGGUCAGAAACAAAGGGUGGCUAUCGCACGUGCUUUGGUCAGAGAUCCACGCAUUCUUUUACUAGACGAAGCCACGUCGGCCCUCGAUACUGAGAGCGAGGCCGUUGUUCAGGAGGCUCUCGAUAAGGCUCGUGCUGGCAGAACCACUCUAGUCAUUGCUCACAGACUAUCAACUAUCAAAACAGCAGACAGUAUCGCUGGCUUCAAAAAUGGCGUCGUAGCGGAGAGAGGUACCCAUGAUCAGUUAAUGCAGAAAGACGGUGUUUACAGCAAACUUGUAAAGUUACAGACAAAGAGCUCAGAAAAAGGUAACAACCUAUCAGAGAAGAAAGCUCAAGAACACAAAGUACAGCAUAAAAUAGGGGGAAUCGACGCCGAUGACGACAAAGAUACUGAUGAGGAAAAGAAGAAAGAAGAAAACAAGGGGUCGUUUAGAAGGAUCAUGCGUUUGAAUGCCCCUGAAUGGCACUUCAUACUGAUUGGUUGUAUUGGAAGCAUCAUGUUUGGGGCUGUACAACCGGCUUUUGCUAUCAUAUUCGCUAGUAUUCUCGAUGCAUUCGCGUCAUCAGAUGAGAAUUACCAGAAACAAGAAAUCAAUAGAUUCGUCAUCAUUUUGGCAGCGAUUGCAGUGGGCAGUUUGAUUGCUCUUACACUCCAAGGAUAUAUGUUUGGCAAAUCUGGCGAAAUAUUAACUAUGAGAAUAAGAAGUUUGAGCUUCAAAGCCAUGCUGAGACAGGAAAUAGCGUACUUCGACGACCAUAAAAACAACACAGGAGCAUUAACUACCAGACUUGCCACCGAAGCAUCUGAUGUCAAGGGCGCAUCGGGUGCCAGGAUGGGCAAGCUCCUGGAAAAUAUAGCCAACAUGGGAACGGCCAUAAUUAUAUCAUUUAUAUAUGGCUGGCAGCUUACCUUGGUCAUCAUAGCGUUCAUUCCGAUCAUAGCUGCAGGGGGUGCUCUGGAGUUUCAGCUCCUCUCAGGAGUCGCAGGAAAGAACAAGGAGGCACUAGAGGGCGCUGGCAAGGUAGCAUCGGAGGGUAUAGGGAAUAUUCGAACGGUUGCAGCGUUGACGAAGGAGGACGCAUUUUUCCGGCUGUACACCGAAAGCUUGAAGGCACCAUACAAGGCCUCGAAGAGAAAAGCUCAUUUAAUAGGGAUGGCUUUUUCGUUUUCACAAUCUGUGGUUUACUUCUUGCACGCAGCGGCGUUUUACUAUGGCGCCUAUCUCGUUAGAGAGGGAGAAAUGGACUUCGAUGACGUCUUCAAAGUAUUUGCUGCUAUCGUGUUCGGUGCCAUGGCCAUGGGAAAUGCCAGCGCCUUUGCGCCUGAUGCAUCCAAAGCGCAAGUAGCAGCCGGACAUAUCUUUACCUUACUGGACAGAGUUCCUAGCAUAGAUUCCGAAUCGGACGACGGCGUAAAACCGAACGAUGAACACUUCACCAGCAAGGUAACAUUUAAAAAUGUUCAAUUUCGGUACCCCACACGACCAGAUAUCCAGGUGUUACAGGGCCUCAACCUGUCGGUAGAACCAGGCCAAACAUUGGCCCUGGUAGGGACUAGCGGUUGUGGCAAGAGUACCACAGUCCAACUCAUAGAGCGGUUCUACGACCCUGAAGAUGGAUCUGUGGUACUGGACAAACAUGAUGUAAAGGAUAUGAACAUCCACUGGUUACGAUCCCAGAUAGGAAUUGUGUCCCAGGAACCAGUGCUGUUUGACUGUAGCAUUGCAGAGAACAUUGCGUACGGCGAUAAUACCCGCGUAGUGCCAAUGUCGGAAAUCAUGGAGGCUGCUCGCAAAUCCAACAUCCAUCAGUUCAUUGAUGCUUUACCAGGGGGUUACGAUACAAAUGUUGGAUCCAAGGGGACGCAACUCAGUGGAGGACAGAAACAACGAGUCGCCAUUGCGCGUGCAUUAGUCAGAAACCCCAAGAUCCUGUUAUUAGACGAGGCGACUUCCGCUUUAGAUACUGAAAGUGAAAAGGUUGUUCAAGAGGCUUUGGACAAGGCAAGAGAAGGCAGAACAUCUAUAGUCAUUGCCCACAGAUUGUCUACUAUCCGCAAUGCUGACAAAAUCUGCGUCAUUAAAGCAGGAAAAGUUGAAGAGGAGGGUCGUCAUGGAGACUUGAUGUCCAAACAGGGAAUCUACUUUAAACUCAAUAGUGCCCAAGCUGGACAAAGCUAACUGGUGUUCAUGUUUUAGUUGUGCACAAACCAUGUCUAUAAUAGAGAUUGGCAGUGAUUUUAUUAAUACAAUCCCUGGCGAUAUUGAUCAGGUUAUGAUCGGUGUGAUCUCGACAACAUACAUUGUAGUUAAAUACCAAAAUGAGAAAACAUAUUUCCAGAAAACUGGUUUCAUUAGCCUUCGUUAACUAAAAAAAUCCAUUUUUUUUUUCAGUCGUUGGAACAGCCGGAACAUGGUCGCGUGCUUUUCAAUCUGAUUAAAAUCUAGAUGGUCAUUCUCA